AUGGCCCUGCCACUCUACGGCUGCAGGUCCUGCGCUGUGCAUGACGCCAUCGUCUUCUGCCUCUGCUGCGUCGCCAGGCUGUGCCUGCACUGCGACGCCGCCGUGCACACGGUCACCGCCGCGGCGGCGCUCCACGCGCGCGCCCCGCUCUGCGACGCCUGCGGCGACGCGCCAGCCGUGCUGCGCUGCGACGGCACCGUGACGCUCUGCGCCGUGUGCGCCGGCCGCGGCGCUCCCGGCUUCACCCGCACCGGCGUCGCCACGUACACCGGCUGCCCCGGCCCCGCCGAGAUGGCGCGCCUCAUCUCCGUGGACCCGCCGCAGCCGCAGCAGGACUUCGAGGCGUGGCUCGCCGACAAGCUGCCACGUCUCCUGGAGGACGACGAGCAGGAUCAUCAGCUCCCGCCAGAUUGGGAUGUCGCCAUGGAAACCGCCAGGCUAGAGAAGAUGCUGGCAGACAGCUGCUACACUCAGCCUGAGGUAGUGUACUCAUCAUCCUCUUAUGGCAAUGGCAACCAGCUCUUAUCCUCGUCGCCGGCGGGCUACUGUCAGCAGCAGCAUCAAGCCACAGUGUCUGCUGUGCAGCCGUCUUGGCAGAGCAACAAUGACGCCGGCUUCCCUUUCUGUGGCGGGGUGUUUUCGGAGAGGGCAGAUUUCAUGCAGGCUGCCCAGCCACGGCAGAUGACGACGGGCGCAUCAGACCAUGACAAGAUGCUGCUGCAGGAUGCAAGCGCCAUGGCCAAGAAGCGAGAGGAGAGGGAGAGGGCCAAACAAAGAUAUAACGAGAAGAAAAAGAACAGAAGGUUCUGCAAGCAAAUCAUGUAUGCUUCUCGCAAGGCCAGAGCAGACACAAGAAAGCGGGUCAAAGGCCGCUUUGCAAAGGCUCAGCAUGAUGAUGAUCCCCAGAUUCAUGACGGCCCAUCAGCAUCGACAGCUACAGUGAAGAGGGAGACCAGCUCUCCUUAA